AAAAAGCAGGGCGUUCCUCCGGUAGUCCUGCAGUCCUGCUGGGGUUGAAGAAGCCCCCGACGGCCCGAGGGCAAUAGGGCGACGGGGCCCCCGGCUCAGCACCAGGCAGCGAGGGAUGUCGAGCCGUCCCCCCCUGCUCGCCGGAGUGGAGCCGGCCCAGUGAAUCAUGUGCAGCCUGUUCCUUAUUGCAUGCAGCGCAUGGGUUCACCUUCAGGGUCUUGUUUGUCUCCUUCUAAAAUCGCAUCACCUGGACCGAGACCAGCCAGAAACGUCACGCAGCAGUGUAACUGUAAUACAAGAAGUGAAAAGAGGCAGAGAACAGGCACAGCUCAACUUCUAACCCUUAACAAAGGCAGAAAGGAUUUGUCAAGGCGCUACCAACCAAAAGAAAAAAGUGUCGGUGGGGAAAAGGCGUCUGAGAUAAUCGAGCAAGGCUCCAGGAUCUGGAGAAGCAGCUCAGGAGGUUACAGCAGUGCCCUAGUGGAUUAUGUGGGGCUCCGGCUGACGGAGCACAGUGGCUCGGAAGAUGCUCUUUGCCGCCUGACUAACAACCCCCAGUGAAUUUAUAUCUCAGAUUCUUUCAAGCAGCCAAGGGGAAACCUGAACACUAGAAUGAAGAGAUAAAAACCUCACUCAGCAUAAAUGCAUGAUUGAAAUUGCAGCACGGUUUCCUACUACUGGACAAGGUAUUGUCGCUUUUACUAAUGUUGCUGUGGUAUAGAUGGAUGAUAGCAUAAAUGCCAGCAUGGAGUUACGAAGAGCCUCUAGUCCUCACAAGAUGAACAAGAGUGAUAUGGAUGAAGACAAGUCCGUGUUGCACAGCUGCUGCAUAUGUGGCAAAAGUUUUCCUUUCCAGAGCUCCUUGUCACAGCACAUGAGGAAACACACAGGGGAGAAACCUUACAAGUGCCCGUAUUGUGACCACAGAGCUUCUCAAAAGGGCAAUUUGAAGAUACACAUUCGGAGUCACAGAACAGGCACUAUUAGUCAGGGCCAGGAGGUGGAGGUGGGAGGAGAGGCGCAGCUUGGAGAGAUGCGAGUCUCGGAAGGUCUUGAUGGUUGCACCAGCCCUACCAAAAGUACCUCUGCCUGCAACAAGAUCUUGAAUGGAGCAACUCCAGCAGAAGGGGGCAAGAUCUUGCUUCGAAGCAGCAGAAAAGAGGCAGUUCCUGAAACCUCCUCUAGGGAAGAUGUUAAAAUAUGUCCUGUGCAGUGCACCUUCUGCAAAAACAAAUUUGAAGGGAAGAAAGAAUUGGAACAGCACAUCCAUCAAAUUCAUAAACCUUUCAAAUGUAAGCUGUGCAAUUAUAUGACCUUAAGAGAGGAAACACUGUUAAGCCACAUAGAGAAAGACCACAUUACCACUCCGAUUCCAAAUGGAGAGACGUGCGCUGAGAGCUGCAAGAGUGAGUCAAGCGGAGGGGAGUUUCCUUGCGAAGUCUGUGGACAGGCCUUUAGUCAAACGUGGUUUCUCAAAGCUCACAUGAAAAAGCAUAGAGGGUCAUUCGACCAUGGGUGCCAUAUAUGUGGCAGAAGGUUUAAAGAACCCUGGUUCCUCAAAAACCACAUGAAGUCACAUGGCCCCAAGUCUGGGAGCAAAAACAAGCCAAAAAACGAUUUGGAGCCCAUAGCCACUAUUAAUGAUGUUGUUCAGGAGGAAACGAUUGUGACUGGCUUGUCCCUGUAUGAAAUUUGCACCAAGUGUGGAAACUUGUUUACAAAUAUGGAAAGCCUAAAAGCACAUAAUUCUGUGCAUUGCAGGUCUUCUAGAGCUCGAAAUGAACACAGAGCUGAGAGUCUAGUUGAUGGAGAUUUUGAUCCAACUAUAGCAAAGCAGUUUUUUGUCCAGUAUCUAAAAUUGAAGCCAUCUGUAGAGGUAGACCGUUUUGCAGGAGGGCAGUCAGGAAAAAGAGUAGCUGAGCUGGAUCCGGUCAAUAGCUACCAGGCUUGGCACUUGGCCACCAAAGGAAAAGUCGCAGAACCUUCUGAGUACGUCAAGUAUUUGGGAUGGGAUGAAGUCCUGGCCGAUGCUGAUGUCACUUAUGACAAGGAUAAAAGGGAAUAUAUUCUUGUCAGUCAAGAGAAGCGCAAACUAGACCAUGACUUACCAGGCUCUUCAGGCAAUCCAAAAAAGAAAAACUGUCACAGUGGGCGUUCAGAGAAAAGUAACAGUUCACAGUCAGGGGACAACUCUAUCUUAGGUCAGGAUGACCUAGAGUAUAGACCGUCUUCACGUCAGAGCAGAAGGGUAUCACAGAACAAGUCCACAGAGUGUUUUGAGUGUGGCAAGAUCUUCCGUACUUAUCACCAAAUGGUGCUUCAUUCCCGUGUGCACAGGAAACAGCGCCGAAGCUGCAGUGAAGGCAGAGUCGUAGUUCAGCAAGAUCGAUAUGGAUCAAAUAGUGAGGAUGGAGACUCUGUUUCAGUGAGUGGUCCAAGCACACCAGGUUCAGCCUCUGCUCCAGAAGAUUCAGUCACUUCUGGCUUGGGUGGAGAGGGGCCUGAAGAUAGUUCGGAGGAAGGAGUAAACGAGCCAUCACCAUGUAAAAAACCAUACCUCUGCAGUUUGUCUGAAGAAAAUGCAUCUGUGGCAGCCCUACAGCUUAAGAAUGGAAGAAACCACAUGGGAGAAAAUUAUGCCAUUGAAUCUAAACCAGAAUUGACAACUGUGGCAUCUAUCCCAGAAAACAAGAUCCAAGAACUCUUUCCAAAACACAUGAAUCGCAACAUGUUCCCAGAGAAGUCAAUAUUUCAGUAUAGCCAAAAUCUCACUUGCUCUAGUAGGACUGUUGACCUUACUUCCAGUGUGGGCCAACUAAGUUCAGAUAUGAGGUCAGAUUUGCAAGCCCCACUGGAAUUGCAAACUUUAUCUAAAGAGAACCCUCUAGAUAUGCAUGAACACUCUGUUCUUAGUAGAGAUCCAGAUGUGCAAGAGAAGAUUCCAUUAGACCUAAGUGAGAAGUCAACUAGGGCUGAUUCAUGCAAUGUGAGUUUGACCUCAUCCUUGCAGGCUGCUUUGAUUGUCCAUCCGUGUCCUUACUGUAGUCAUAAGACCUAUUACCCAGAAGUCCUGUGGAUGCAUAAAAGAAUUUGGCAUAAGGUCAGCUGUAACUCCAUGGCUCCUCCUUGGGUUCUGCAAAAUGGAUUCAAGAGUAUAAAAAACAACUUAGUUUUUCUGGUGAGAAGUGGUCGCACCGGUCCCCCUCCUGCUCUUGGUGGUAAAGAAUGCCAGCCGUUGCCCAUAGCUAGAUUUACACGUACUCAGGUACCAAGUGGGUUGUCAGGAUCUAAAGGCAGUUCUUCUGGACUUGGUGCAACUGCUAAGCCAGGAACUAUGCUUAAAGAUGUACCAUCCGUUGGUUACUGUGGCCCACGGUCAUCCAGCAUUGAUGGGUACAGGCAGUCAAAACUGAUCCACACCCAUGAAAAGUAUAACACAGUAGCACAACCAUCCCAGUUGAAUGCAAAAUAUGAAGUGAAUUCCAAGGUGAUGCAAACAGGAAGCUUUAACAGAAAUUCAGCACCUUCCCAGACAAUUGUAUCUAGACCCAACUCACAGCCCUCCAACAGUAAGCAAGCAGAAAAAUAUACAGUUCCCCAAGUAAGUGCUGGGAUUUCCCCUUUAAGUAAGCAUUGCACUUCAGACCCAGGAAAGGCCAAAUUUGUCUCUCCACCUCAGUUCCAACCUCCAUGUAAGACUGAUCCAUACAUCACUCAAGAAGAUCCACCAGUGCCUCAUCAGGAGCCUGUUCCUAGAAGAGAGAAUGAGAUGAGGGCCUUGGCAAAUUGCACAGCAGGAUCCAGAGCCAGUCCACUGAUGCAGCCUCAGCCCAAUACAGCAGGACCACCUCCAAUGGGGCAUUCCAUCAAGCAGGAGCCACCAUCGGAAGGGCAUGAAAAGCGGCUGGACAUUUUAAACAUCUUUAAGACCUAUAUUCCAAAGGACCUUGCUUCUCUCUACCAAACAUGGGGUGCCAAUAGCCCUGUAGUGGACCAUGCUGGGAUGCUUAGGACACAAACACGACAAGGAGACUAUGUCUGCAUCGAAUGUGGGAAGGGUUUUUCCCAGCCCAGUCACCUCAGGACCCACAUGAGGUCUCACACAGGUGAGAGACCAUUCCAAUGCAGAUAUUGUCCAUACAGUGCCUCUCAGAAAGGGAACCUAAAAACUCAUGUCCAGUGUGUGCACCGGGUACCCUUUGACAACAGCCAGUACCCCGACCGACGCUUCCAACACCCUCCAGAUCAUUAUUCCAUCAGUGCUAUGGAAGAGCAGCUGGAAAAUCUCGUUUCAAACCAUCCAGUCCCUAGAGCAACUGUGCUAUAGCGAGAGAGCCACACUUUGCUGGAAGAGCGAAGCCUCUGAACAGUUAAUCAUUCUUAAAACAAAUGAAGAAGCUACGCAAGAUAUAUACAAAUUGACAUACUAAUCAGUCCCCCUGGUUCCUUAUUUCCUUUAUAAUAAACAGCGGAGUUGGCAAGCACCGUAGCGGCACAAGGCAUCUAUAUUAAGAUAACUUUUUUAGACACUGGAAAAAAUUAAACUUUAUAUGAUUUGGAGAGCAGCACUGCAACGAAAUCCUCCCUAAUGGUUGUGAUGGCUGAUUUGAGAUGUUUGUUCUUUUUAAAAAGAAAAACAACCAAGGUGGAUUUGGGAAUGUGGGAAGUAGUGAUAAAUGAAACUGCCAUUGGCUGUGUUGGCUGUCAUGCUGGAAAAAAACAACUCUUUUUGUUAGGUUGGAGGAGUUAUUCAGCGCUGUGAAAGGCAGGCUUGAUGAAGGACAGAAGGGACUGAAGAAGAGCGGCCAUCAUUCUGCAGCGAGGUUGUUUCAUGGUAGUUUGGGGACCACUUGCGUUUCCGGUGGGCUUAUCCUUGACUGCACACCAUUAAUAGUAUGUGAAUAUGGAAAUGGAAACACUUCUUAAGAAAUGAUUCUCUCCUCACUUCGGAAAGAAAACAGCUAGUCGAACACUAAAAAAAAGAAAAACAGGCUUCUGUGGUGGUUUUUUUUUUCCAUUUUAACUCUCAGGGCCUUUCUGUUUGUUUCUUCUUCUUCCUUUCUUAACAGUGCUACUUUUUGAGACCUGAUCACAAAGGAAAUGUGCAUGCUUCAACAAAAUUUCAGAAGAAAAUGAUAUUCGAUUCAGCUGUUUAAAGCUGCUGAUUUGUAUGCUUUUAACAGAAAUAAAUAAGAAGUCAGGCAGACGUAGGCCAUUAGAGUGCUAUAUAUGCCUGUAUUUUUGUGCAGCAAGUCAGUUACCUUUUCUAGGCCCUGAUGACAUGGGGAGGGGCGGGGGAUGAGUAACCUCUUUUGUAGUGACAGGUCAGUGUUCAUCUAAUGGGUCAUGUCUUGUACACGGUGGGGGAGAAAAAGCUUUAUAUACCUCUUCUACAGUCACUCUUUUAAAUGCAGGUUUUCCAGGUAGGGGUGAAAGUGGCCGGUUGUUAACCACACCGGGUCUACAGUUCGUUGGGGAAAAAAAUGUAUUCCACAGGUAUAAAUAUUUUCUUUUCCUUUAUUGCUGUGACACUAUGUGUGAUAGUAAUAAUUUCAGAAUUUCAGAUUUUUGCACAUAUAGUUUUAUGCAUUAUCAAAAACAAGUGCUGCCUUGAAAGAAAAAAAAUAUGUUCUGUGAAAAUUUUUUGCAAAAAAAAAAGCUUUACUAGUUUUUUUUUAAUUGUAAAAUUUUUGUAAAGGCAGGAAAAGGAUUUUUAAAAAACUAGCAUGCUAAAUAUAUUUUUCAAAAAAAAGCAAUAAUUUUACAUGUACAGAAACGGCGGUAACAUUUAAUACUGGUCGAGAGCAACCAUUUACUUUCUACAAUAAUGGGAGAGUGCUGUUUUUGUAGUUAAAUAGGCUUCUUACACCAAGGUUUUUUAAUCUGUAUUUUUUUUUUGGUUCUAAUUUUUGGUUUGUUAAUCUUGUCUCUCUUUGAUUUGAGAUUCUACUUGUCGCAAGUUACUUGACUGUUUGCUUUGCAGUUGUUGAAGUAAUCCAGAUGUAACAUUUCUAUGUAAUUUACUGGUUUGGGGAUUUGGGGGUGUCCUUUCGCCCCAAUAUUUUUCCUCCUACACCAGCUGUAUGCCAGUGUGCUCUGUAAUCCUGGUGUAGCUAAGAAUGUCUGUGUAAAUGCCUAUAUAAGUGAUUGAUUGUAAUCAGCUCUCUUUUGAAGUUAUCUUGCAGAAAGCCGCAUAGACACAUUCCAUACUUCUCUCCCUUCCUAUUUCCUGCACCAAACCCCUCCCCCAUCAGCUCUUUUUUUCCCUCUGUUGAAUAAUAAUAGAUCAAUUUGGGAUUCACACUUCAAGUGCUAUUUUUUUUUCUCAAUUAGGCCCUUAUUUCCUUCAUUUGAAGUAAACAGGCGAGGGUUCAGGAAUGCACAAAGGUAGUGUGUGUGUUUGUAGUUAUUAAAAAGCCUUCUGUGCCCCAAAUCCGAAAACCUGUGUCAUUUACAGCUGUAAUUAUUUUGUUGGUUGAUUGGGUUUUCUUUCUUUGAAACUGUUUUUUUUGGGGGGGAAGGAUGUCUUUUUCACCCUGAUCUGGGAGGAUCCUAGUUAAUAUUUAGCGCCGAAAUGCUCUUCCUGGAGACUGUUUACUUCAGGACCGUCUGACACCAAGAGAGGAAAGUGCUGUCACUGCCAUUACCAGGGUACUAAUCAGCAAAGUUUACAAUCAUAAUUUAGCUACAUGAAGAACAACAGCAGGGGAAAUCAGUUUAAAUAAUUAUAUGCUGUGGAUAGCACAGAAAUGAGAUUUUCACUUAAUUAAACAAGAAGUGGGGAGGGUGAGGGGGACCGUCAUUGAGGAGCGGCCUUUUCCACGUGUGAAUCCCAAGCUUUGUAAUUUCCUCCUAUCAUCCAUAUUGUAUUGAUUUGUUAAUUCAGUUAGAGCCUAGUGCUUAGUAUGAUUUGUGUUCUUAUUUAUUUAGUUCUGUGGGUUUCAAAUAGCUUUUUUUUAAAAAGGAAACUUGAUAAUUUUGUAGCAUGACACCUUGUAAGCCAUCUUCUGACUGUUACAGAGACUUUCUACUACCUCUAUCAAUCUGUUUCUUUUCCUUAACAGGUUUUCUACAGUGUUUUGCAGUCUAAUGUACCUUAGACAAUAAAGGGUUCAAUUAUGAGCACUGCA